AUGUCCAAGGUUCGGCUUUUGAAGUGGAACCUUGUCUUGUGGACAAUCGGUCUUGCUCUACUUGUACUGGGAAUCGCAGGGGACAUCUUGCCGCUGAUGUUUAUUGGCAUGGGCGUUUGGGCUCCAGCAUCCCAGUGUUGGACUAGCACAGCACAAGUUGUGGUUGGGGAGUCAGCAACUCCAUCGGAGCGGACCAAGGUGCUUUCCAGACUCACUACGCUUAGAUUGGUGGCUAUCGCAUCAGGGCCCAUGCUCCAGGGAAUUCUGCUCUUGAUUUCCGGAAAGAAUCACUGGGGCAAUUCGCUCCUGCGGGUUGUCAUUCUUUCUGGCGUCGUGCUGUGGCCUGGUUGUUUGUGGCUUCUAAGACUCAAAAACCUACCGCCAUUGGAGCAAACUGAAGGAAAUGCUCAAAGCAGGUGUUGCAGCACUUUUUCACAGGAAGACCUGGAUCGACCACUGCUUCGGAUUCCUCUUAGGUGGUGGCUUGCAGUUUGGAUAGAAAUCCUGUCCUUCAUCAGUCUUUUUGGCGCGGGAAUGACAGUGAAGUUCUUUCCUCUUUUCUUCCGCAUCGACUAUCACUUUACACCCUUCGAGGUGUGUAUGCUUAGUUUCGUCUACCCGCUAGGCAUUGCUGGGAUGGUGGAGAUUUGCAGCCGAGUAUCCAAACAUCUUGGUCGAUUUCCAACUGUUGUGUUCUUCCAAUUCACGGGCACUGCUUGCCUGUGGGCGCUUUGCUACAUCCGGCCUUUGGCCAUCGUAUUGCCCCUCUUUCUGUUGAGAGGAGCCCUUAUGAAUGCCAGAGGUCCUAUUGGCAGAGCGAUCAUCAUGGAUUUGGUGCACUCGGAAAUGCGUGGCAGAUGGAAUUCUCUUCAAUCCCUGUCCAUGUUUGCCUGGUCGGGAAGUGCUGCGCUAGGUGGCUAUUUGGCUGAUCUUGCUGGCGACUACCGCUUUACCUUUGUGGUCACUGCUGGAAUCUACACUGUUGGUUUUUUCUUGCAUUUGCCUUUGUUAUUGAUUUAUCCAAAGGAGCAUAAGGAGCCGCCUCCUCAACAAGCACGAGAAGCAUCGCUCCCGAAUCUACAAGAAGCCCAAGGCUCUGUGUCCACAUCCUCCGAAAACAUCGGAAAUAAAAGAGCUUCAGGUGGCCGCGGUGGCUUGGUGCCGAGAACGUCCUUCUUGACAGUUGCAGUUGCAUGGUGCCUGCCGCUUUGGAGGAGGCCGAGGAGAUUCAAAAUGAUGAGUCGCUCACCACGACAAUCAAUCCUCAAGGGAAGCCUUAAGCAGUCCACGCUGUCAAGUUUCUUUGCGUCCCAGCGCAACUUGACGUCGCCAGAGGAGCGAGUACAAGCAACCUUGGCAGACGUCGCCGACUCCGCAUGCAGGACGUUGCAUCAAACAAGUCAGAAGCACAUGCCAUGUGCAAUUCAACUCCUGGAAGGAUUGCCUCGAGCGGAUCGGCAGGAAACCCUUACUUGGAUGGCACAGGCUUUUGAUGUCAUGAACUUCCCGCAAACUCUAUUUUUCGAUACGGCCUUGCUGCUCGACAGAUAUUACGCACGCUUGCCCAAAGAGGAUCUCAGCACUGCAGAGUCUCAAAGAAGGAUUUUGGCAGCAGUUUGUGUCGCAAUCAAGACUGGAUCGAAUGCUGAGACUCAGCUUCCAUUGCGGCAGGUAGUGACCCACCUGGGCCACGACGAGGUACCCUUUGAUGAAGUCAUAGCAGCAGAGUUGUGCAUAUUGAGGAAGCUGAGGUUUGAUGUAGGGACGCCAACCCCGCGUGACUUUCUGGAGGCCCUUGGGGCAAGACUGAAGGAGUUGCAAGUGGCACCUGAAAACAUGAGCCUGGCGGACUACUUGCUGCAGCUGUCUUUGGCAGAUGCAGUCUUUCACUAUAGGUAUCCCCAUGCAGUCUUGGCAGCUGCAGCUUUGCUGCUGGCACUGUCAAGCACGGGAGCCGGUGCUGCCCCUCAUACGGUGGUGCUAGAAGACCUGGCCCUAUAUGUCGAGGAGGCGGACCAAAGUGGAAUGCUUGCUCAAUGCCGCCGGGAGCUGCAUGCACUGUGGGUGACCGCGUGUCAGGAGCAGAAUCUGUACGUGCAUCAUUUGCGCUUGAAAUUUGCAAAGCGCUCUUUUCACGGAGUUUCUUUAUGGCAACCGUUGACCCCACGAUCACUACACGGCCCCCGUCAAGGCCAAGGUUGCAUUGCACCACAAGAUCCGUUGCAGUAUACGAGCCUCGGAAGCCUGUCUUCCUAUCAGGGACUUCGGCCAUCCAAGGCUUGCGACCUGGAAAAAGCCCCCAAUUCUUCGACUCAUGCUCGGCGGCCUACCGAUCGCGAGCGGAUGUGGCGGGAAAUUGUGCGGAUUGCGAAGGGGAGUCAAGCUCCUGUGACCUCUACAUUUGGAUUUGACCGCGUGUCACUCGCAGAUAGACGACCUCGUGCAGCAUCUUGGUGCGGGCAGAGACCUGCGAGGACAGCUGUGAAGCCAGGCACAUCACGGUCUCCAUGAAAUUCCUGUCCAUGGCUACUUUGGCUACUUGAGCUGUGGUCGUAGAUGCAAUUUUGCAAGGCAGUGGUCGAGGGGAUUCGCCGACCACUGCCAACCACUGCAAGUUUAGCUGCCAAGUGGAUCACUGCAGAUUUCAAUGCGUUGAGCCGCUAAGCUUGUGAGACAAACCUGUGGCAGCCGCACAGGCUUUCCUCACACAGUGGCAAGCUCUAUGUCGUAGUGGCACAAGUUGGAAAGGAC